AUAUUGCCAACAUAUCAGUUAUCAUCUUUCAUUAUUUCAUUCUUUCUUCCUGAACAUACCAAAAAAUCAUUUAUCUUCAUGGACCCAGAACAUGUGAUAAACCUCUUUGAUUCCUACUGGUUCAAUCAUGAAAUCUUGAAGAAAAAACCGAAUGUUUCGGUUGCGAAAACCGAUGAUUCGGACCUCAGAUUCUCAAGCUUGAGAUCAAUACUUGUGAGAUCACAAAGUGAGGACAUGGGAAACAGUUUUAACUAUGGUUCCUUCUCUCCCAUCUCAGUUCUUAAGCCCAUCCCAUCUGUUAAACUAGAUUUCACAACACAAAAACAAGAUCAAGAUCAAGUAGUUCAACAGGUUCAAGAAGUUGAAGAAUUACCAGGGAUAGAAAAGAUGAAGGAUCAUCAAAUGGAAAGGAAGAAGAACAAGAAGAGAAGACAUGGGACAAGCAAGAGCUUAUCUGACCUUGAGUUUGAGGAGCUAAAAGGGUUUAUGGAUAUGGGCUUUGUGUUUUCUGAACAAGAUUAUAAAGAUUCAAACUUGGUUGAGAUCAUUCCUGGCCUUCAAAGAUUAGGGGAGGAGAGAGAAAAAGAAGAAGACAACGAAGACAACAACGACGACGAUGAUAAUGAUUCAUGUGUGUAUGAAGGUGAAAGGAGGCCUUAUCUAUCAGAAGCAUGGGAGGCUUUGGAUAGAAGUUCAAAGAAGAAAGAGCAUAAAAUAGCUUCACCAAUGAUGAAAUGGGAGAUUCCUGUUGUCAAAGAUGAGAUUGACAUGAAAGAUAAUCUGAAGUUAUGGGCACAUACAGUUGCUUCAAUUGUUAGAUAACCAUAAACCAUUUGGUUUUUUUUUUUCUAUAAUUAGUUUCUUUUUUUUUUUGUUAAUAACUGUGGUUUUUAGAUGAGUUCUAAAGUUGUUUAUGUUUUCUUCUUGAAUAUGUAUAUAUGUUUGAUGAUAUGGAAGAAAAUAGACAAGUGAAGUUUGGUGUCA